AUGGCACCGAAUAGAGUUACAGACUACGAGAGCGAGAACGGAGAUGACAGACGGUAUGAGUCGGAUAGGGACCUAAAGCGGGAACAGCACUGGGGCAAGCGCUGCCACUGGCCAGUCAGUUCCGCCCCUGCCGCCGGCAUCUGCGGCCAGGUCUUCUCGUCGGAGGACAACGUGAAGAAGCAUAUGAACGCGGUUCAUAUGCCGAGCUCUUCCAACGUCGCCCGCCCUAAAGGCACCGGUUUCCACUGUCUCUGGCCCGGCUGUAACCGUAGCUAUGACAGCCAGGAGGCCAUGCACCGCCAUGCCCGCGGCCACAACGUCAAGGCUGCGGCCCAGGCUGGCGACGUGGUUUGGGGUGAUGAGGAGGACGAUGACGAGGACGCGAACGGCGAAGACGACGAUGAUCUGUUUUUGCCCCCGCGCUCCCGCCGGGAGGAUGACGAUGACUACAAUGGCGGUGGUCCUGAUGGUCCUGGUGGUCUUGGUGGUACCUUGUCCCUUUUUGACAUGGCCAGGGUAUUAAUUUCGUGA